AUGGAGCGUCAGCCGCAGAGCAGCCACGAUGCCUAUGACGUCACGGAUGCAGCCGUUGCCGGCUUCUUCAAGCUGGGGGUCGAAGAGGAGCGGGAAGUAGCGAAAGAGGUGAAGCCCGCGGACAUCUCACCUCCCGGAGAGGGGGCAGAGGAGCAGAAGGCUCAGUCCGAACCGGAGCAGGGAGCAGCCGCGGAAGGGAAAGAGGCGGGAGACGAAGGAGAAGGAAAGGAAGGCUGCGAGGUCAGCGUCGGAGCCGCCGGCCCCGCGGACGGCAAAAGCCGCGAGGCCGAGGCCGAGGCGGGCGGCGAGGAGCAGCCCCCGCAGGCCGCCGUCAAGGGUCCCGAGGCCGCAGACGGGCAGCGGCGGGCCCCCCGCGCCAGGUUCACGCAGGUGCAGGUGCAGGACCUGGAGAGCGUUUUCCAGCACACUCAGUACCCCAGCGCGCGCAUGCGGUAAGC